CGAGGAGCUCGUUCAGCGCUGCGGAGUACUAACUGAAAGCGUUUCGGCCAACAUUGUUCUUUGUCCGUUGCAAUCGCGGUCAAAACAAUGAAAUAACUAACAUUUAGUGCACCUGGAAGAUAAAGCACGAAAGGAUUAAGUGCGUGUUUGUAAAACAUAAAGGCUAAACAAAGGAAAAGUUGCACAUAAAUUCAAUUCGUUUAUGGCACAUCACAGAUAGACGCAAAGUUAUUGCUUAAAUAAAAAACACGUACCGGUUAAACAAGGGCAUUACAAAUGGAGUAUGGAAAGUGCUAAAGAACAUCAAGUGAAGUGACUGAGCUAAAUCUUAUUUUCAUGAUUUGUGUGGAAGUGUUAUGUGGCUCUGAACUGAGGAAGCUGAGGAACUAUCAACUAACCUAAUUGCUAACAUAAUAUCGUUGUACAAAAUGCGGAUAAAUCACCAAUGGAUAUACUAUGCGAUCUUGUCUCUCUGCUGGUUUAAUAAAGCUACUCUGGGCGCCAUUCUGGACUCACGUUGUUACCUGGAGGGCGGAGGUUCCGCGGAAAGUUUUCUUGCCACCGAGGAUUUGGCGGUGGGCUCCAUAAUCGGCAAGCUGCGGAUCAAUGGGGAUGCCAAUGCCGAAACAGGCGACAUCAAUCUUUCAUUGAGGGAAAAGAAUGCACCAGUUGAGAUUCAUCCCGGCACCAAGGAGCUAGCCCUAUCGGUGGAACUGGACAAGGAGGGUGUGAGAGGACCAUCGUCCAUUUACGUGAAUGUGAUCUGCAUACGACGGCAUUCAACGGAUCCGAGCUUCGUCAUUCCCGUUAACGUGCGAGUAACUGAUGUGAAUGACAAUGCCCCCCAGUGGAUCGGAACGCCCUACACUCUAACUCUUUCGGAGGUGACCGUUCCGGGCACUAGAAUCCUGCAGGGCGCCCGUGCCGAGGAUGCCGACCAACCGGGUCCCUUCUCUACGGUGGAGUACCAGGUGCUGCCAGGACCGUACUCGGAGUACGUGCAGUUUCUCAAUCCUCUGGAAGGCACGCUGGUGCUAAAGAAAGCCCUCGACUACGAACAGCUUCAGAAUUUCACGGUGAAGCUGAGGGCGCAGGAUCAGGGAACACCGCCACGUCACUCGGACACGUUGCUGCGGGUGGUCAUCACGGAUGCGGAUGAUCAGAACCCAAAGUUCCAGCGAGAGUCCUACAGCGCUGAGAUACCAGCGGAUGGUAGGCCAGGAGAGCUGCGCAUGCGGCCGGAGCCCCUGAAGGCGGUGGAUCAGGACGAGGGUAUUUGUGCGCCCAUUCAGUACACGAUAGUCCAGUCGCAGGAUGCCAAGUACUUCCGCAUCCAUCCGCACAAUGGAGCUAUUAGCCUGCUGACACCCAUCGGAUAUGCGGAUGUGGCCAAUGGGGCAACGUUGGUGGUGAAGGCCACGCAGAUCGACAAUCCAGAUCGUUAUGCCUUGACCACUGUCCAGUUGACGCGACCUGGAAGUCACAGUGAUUUGAGCACUCUGGCCUUCGUCCAGAAGCGAUUCGUGAUGCGCAUUCGCGAGGAUACGGCAGUUGGGAAUCGGAUUCUAGCACUGCCCACCAAUAAGCCCGGCAAACAUCUCAAGUACGUCAUUCCCGAUCCCGUAAAUUCGCAGUUCUUUAGCGUAGGAUCGCUGGGAGAACUUGUGCUAGCCAAGCCACUCGACUACGAGAAGAUGACCAAGCACGAGUUCCAGGUCCUAGCCACCGAUGGCAUGACCAACAGCACCGCGGAACUUACACUGGAGGUGAUUGACGUAAAUGACUGGGAACCUCGGUUCCGGGAAACGCACUACGAGUUCAUGGUGCCCAAAAGCCAGUCCCUGCAAUCUCGAGCGGAUUCCUUUGAGGGCGUGCUCAUCGGCAAGGUUGAGGCUGCUGAUGGGGAUCGUAAUGACAAACUGGAACUCUCGCUGCGUGGUCAGCACGCUGGACUGUUUGAAAUUGAUUCCACUGGAAAUAUCUACAUGCGUCCGGAGCAGCUACAGAGUCUCAACGAGUCCACGGUCCAUCUGAUAGCCAUCGCCACGGACACGGGCGUUCCACCCAGGAGCACUUCCGUUCCGGUCAGUGUCACCAUGGAGGGUCUGACGCUGGCCCGGUCCGGAUGGAACAGCAACAUGUUGGGCAUGUUCGGCAUGAUAAUGGGCCUCUUUCUGAUGAUCAUAGUGGCGUUAAGCUGCUACAUAGUCCGAUCGAAGAAGCAAGGCAAGAGUGCAUCCAGCGGAUUGGGACUCGGUCGGAAUCGGGUGCACAGCCAGGCGCACAGCAGCGUGUCGUCUGCCAAUCUCGUUACCCACGAAAAGCUAGCGGGGAAUGGCAACGGCAACGGAGCCAGCGUAACGAGCGGCGGAGUCUCCGUGCUGCACAUGAAGCACGGCGGUAACAUUACCAUGGCCAAUCCGAUGAACAAUGGCUUGCAUCACGUGGCCAGUGGAGCCAGUAGUAGCAUGGCCCUCGGUAGUUCCGCCGCCUUGCUGGAGCGGGAACGAGAGAGGGAGCGGGACCGGGAGCGCCAGCGGGAGAGCUAUGCGGCUACAGUGCGCAGCAUAGUUUCGCGCGCCUCCGCCAAUGGCCAGCUCUUCGAGGAGGAUGAGAUCGAGCACGACUCACUGCAGACGGAGAACAACAAUCGGAAAGUGGCAGCCACGGGAGUGGCAAGCGGUGGGGUUACCACCAUCAGUACCACACCCGCCAACGCGGGCUCCAAUCUUCUAUCCGCCACCGAUGCCAUGGGUUCCUCUGAGAACAACUUGACGGUCUACUUCUAGAGCGCAGGAGGGGAGGCAGCUACUCCCGGAGAGCUUGUAAAUAUCGCUGCUAAGUCAGUUUAGGAUUAGGUUUAGGCCCCGCACACGUGUAUGUACAUUGAGUAGACCAAAUAUAGCAUUGUAAACAGACCCAGCACCAGAUCUAGGCUAAGUCCAAGCGAUUUCCAUUGUAAAGUUUUGCUUCCCAGAUUGUAAGAGGAUCCGUCCAAUAAAGUUUUCAACUAUUC